AUGGAUGCAGCAGUCCCGAAUAAACUGUUGGAUCUUGCUGUGCAGAGUCUGCUGAGCAAUGAGUCUGCAGCUAUCCAAGCUCUGGAGGACAUUCCAAGAGAGCUUUUUGUUCCACUGUUUAUUGCUGCCUUCAAGGGUGGGCAUAAGAGUAUAUUGAGUGCAAUGGUUAAAGUUUGGCCCUUUUACUGUCUCCAUAUUGGCUCACUAAGUAUUCAGGAGUCUCACCAUGAACUCCUGAAAGCCAUGAUUGAGAAUCUUCCAGUUUGUCCUGCACAGAACUCUGCUCCUAGGAGACCUAAAUUGAGGAUCCUAGAUUUGACACAAGUCACCUACUCUAGGAACACAUGUCCUGAAUUCAGCACCAAAUCACCUUUAUGUUUUCAUUUUUGUGCUUAUUCUGACCACUCUAUCACUAAAAUAGAAGGACAUCUUCGUUUAGGAAAUUCAGGGAUUGAGACUCAGUCACUGAGGCCUGUGGAAUUACUAGUUGAACUUUUCCUUGAUGGUUCAUUAGUGCAAAAGCAAUUUUUGGAUUUGCUUAUGGGUAAAGUUGAGGAGAGUUCAGGGUCUUUGCAUGUGUGCUGUCGAGAUCUGCAAGUUGAUAAAUUGUGUAACUACAAAUGUUCCCUGAAAUUUCUUGAUCUCAAGUGUGUUGAUCAGUUUUCUGUUGUUAAGGGAUUGCUGAGUGAUAUCAACAGUAUCCUGUCUUAGAUGGCCCACCUACACCUUAGUCUGUUUAAAGUCUCUUUUCGAUCUCUGAGAAAGAAAGUUUUUAAAAAUUUCCUCAGUCACUUGCAUCAAAUGGAAAACCUCAAGGAACUCAACUUGGUUUCAUUGUACCUUAAAAAUCGCCUGGACAAAGUGCUCAGAUUCAUACCACCUGGUUUGGAUUUCUUGUAUCUGCCAUUCUGUAAUCUCUCCUCCAGAGACUACCAAUUUCUGUCUCUGAGUCCUCAGGCCACCCAUCUAAGGUUCUUGAAUCUUAGUAACAACACAAUGCAUUGGAAUGAUUUGGAGCCCAUUUGUACUCUUCUGGUAAAUCUCUGUGGUACUCUUCAGAUUCUAGAGCUAAAUAAUUGCUUCAUAAGUGAUUCUGCAAGGAUGCAUAAGAGGGGAAUGCGAGAUGAGUGGGAAACUCACAAGGAAUGA